AUGCCCGAAGUUGACGAGAGUGUGGCCCCGACGAAGCAUCUCUUGCCAGCCGGAGUCGAAGGAGAAUCGGAAGACGAUGCUGGUGACGAUGGCCAAGACGACGCUCCAGAUGCCCCCGUCAAUCCCGCCCAGCUCUCGGGCGCCCGGAAGAAGAGAAAGAAAAGUAAGAAGACGACGGCCAGCAGAGGCCCAACCGCGCUGCCAAAGAACCGCGGCAAUGGAUUUGAAGAAUACUUUGCAGACCCUCCUAUGAUGCCCGCGGAAGCAAUGCAAGAGAAGCAGGAGAUAUACGCUGCAGACAUUCCGUUUGAAAGGCGAAUCGAGUCGUGCAUCCAGCGAUUCCGCUCCCGCCGCCGCAUCCAGCAUCGGAGAGCCACCUACUUAAACGACUACCUCUUCCUCGGCGGCGUGGACACCAAUCCAGGCGCCUACACCGGUCUCGAUCAAAAGGACCUCAAGCAGCUCACGCCCGCCCAGCGUCGCGAGGCCACGGCCCGAGACGUCGUCUACGAAGGCUCUGGGGCCGGCGACCGCUUCUACGACGGCGACAAGACCAAGUGGACGGUGGACUUUGCCGGCGUGGCAGCAGGCUUCUUCUCCACGAGGCUCGUCGCUCUGACCGGUCUUCAUCCUAAGCCCAUGGAAGAGGCGAUAUCCGUCGUGGAGAAUUUCCUCCGAUACGUCCUCCACCACGACGUCUGCCCCGAGCACGAAGACAAUGUCAAGGAGGCGUUGAACGUUUGCCAGAUGGCUAGGGAGGAAUGGACGGCGCUGAACACGCUGCAAACUGCGCUUCCAGGCGUCUUCAACCCAGCUGCGACUGAGCUUUUCAUUCAGUUUGAUCCCCACUCGUGGGAUUCGUCUCGGUUCAGAGUCCCUGAGGGAUUUGAUGCCAAAUCGGUCUUUUAUUCGUCCAUUGCCAUGCUGGAAGACGGCAAGAUGUUCGAGCACCUCGCUAGUAAAGCCGUUGAGCUCGUCAGUCAGUACGAAUGCGUCCUGGAGAUAACAAAAGUCCAUCCCCCGACCGAGGAGGUGAUUGAGCGGUUCAAGAAGCUGGCCAUUACCGCAGCAGGCAACAAGACGCUUCGGCUCAUGCCCCUUGGCAAGCUCACCCUCAAACCAGCCACCAUCGAAGACGGAUGGGUCCAGCAAGUCACCACGCAUCCCCUUCAGGGCAGGGAAAUUGACCUGUACUUUGAGCAAGACAUCCUCGCGAGCCUCAAGCCGGGCAUGAGGAUGGCGCUGGAGAUUGGAGAUCUCGGAGCCGACAUUCGCUUUGUUAAGAGUAUCCAGAAGAUUGUUCCUACGUUCUAUACGUUCCUGCCCCAGGAGCUGAUGGUGCAGUUCAAGAUUCCCCAGGAAAACGACCGGCCGGCGCCAUCAGUGCACAAUCCUACGCUGGAAGACAACCAAGCGGUUGAGGAAUAGUUG